AGGCUAUCUCACAAUCUGUGGAACCUUAAGGUUAUAGGCGACUUUCUGGCUUCCGAAUCGGUGAGAAUCGAAGGGGGUAAGACAUGCUUCAAUCUGCUGAGCGGCGGUUCACGAAGCUUGGGUGUGAGUUCAAGAGACGGGGUUUUUCUAAAGCUCAGUACCGACAUCGUGACGAAUGGCGUCCUGGGAGUCGGCCCGCCAAAUUCCAGACGAUGCUGAAGAGCAAGCAAGUGUGA